AUGUCAAAGACACUGGCCACCAAACGUUCGCUAGAUGGACGUCCCGGAUUUGACCCGAAUCUUGACAGCCCGCAAUUGCAACACGUCACUCGGCAUAUCGACGAGACAGCGGACGUCCGAAUUGAAAACUGCAUCGGCUUCGUGCAGGUCCCUGUUGGUGUUGCUGGACCACUGCGCGUCACGGGCCCUGAGACGAAGGGCGAAUACUAUGCGCCAUUAGCUACAUGCGAGCCAACCCUGGUGGCUAGUUGCAGCCGGGGUUGUAAAGUCUUCAAUGCCUGUGGUGGUUUGCAGUUCGAGGUUCUUAAUGAAGCCAUGUCUCGCGCCCCGAUGUUUCUUUUCGCAAACCCUGGGCAGGCGAUAGCAUUUGCUCGGGCGGUUCCAUCUUUUCAAAACGACUUUGCCCGAUGGGCCAAUUCGACAAGCAGAUAUGUCCGACUACAGGAGCUGCAGACAUCGGUUAUUGGCUCUAGUGUUCAUCUUUUCUGCAGUUAUUUUUGCGGCAACGCUGCGGGUCAGAACAUGGUCAGCAAGGCCACGCAGCAUGCCUGUGAAAUGUUACGGAAUUCCAAAUGCGGAAAGAAAUUUCAAAUUAAAGACUUCAUUAUUGAGGGUCAAUUGGCUUCGGACAAGAAGCCUUCUUGGGGAAAUGUCCAGAGACCUAGAGGUGUCGAAGCGCUAGCAUGGGGCACCAUCACGAACUCAGCCUGCCAGGAGAUCCUUGGCUGUAGUACCGAGCGUCUGUAUCGUACUCAGAUGGCUUUAAAGGAAGGAGGAAUACGAAACGGUCAGUUUGGGUGCAAUAUCAACACAGCGAAUAUUAUAGCCGCGAUGUUUGUAUCAACAGGACAGGAUGCUGGGAGCGUGGCAGAGGCUUCCUGGAGCCACCUCACAUCCGAGUACGACUACGAGACAAAGGAGCUGAAGAUGACAUUGUAUUUCCCCUCUCUAACAGUUGGUACUGUGGGUGGGGGGACGUUGUAUCCAUCGCAGAGAGAAUGCCUUACCAUGUUGGGAUGCGCCGUGGAAGGGGGGAAGAGAAGACUGGCAGGCAUGAUUGCUGCUUUUGCAGUUGCAUUGGAUGCGAGCACAAGUGCUGCAAUUGCUAACGAUACAUUUACUAUGAGUCAUAUGAAGCUAGCUCGUGGGGAGUUAUAUGGGCCUCGACAAGCAAAAUUGUAG